AACAGCCAACUCACCCUCUCGGAAAAAGUGCUGUACUCUCAUCUGUCCGAUCCUUCAACCAAGAAAUCGUCCGAGGUGAGUCCCACUACCUCAAGCUCCACCCAGACCGCGUUGCAAUGCAGGACGCCACAGCACAGAUGGCCGUGCUUCAGUUCAUUAGCUCUGGACUGCCCAGGGUCACCGUACCAUCAACCAUCCACUGUGACCAUCUUAUUCAAGUACAGAUCGAUGGCCCUCAGGAUCUCCAGCGAGCCAUUGAAAUCAGCAAAGAGGUCUACAAUUUCCCGGCUACUGCUGGGGCCAAGUAUGGAGUUGGAUUCUGGAAGCCUGGCUCUGGGAUUAUUCAUCAGAUCAUUUUGGAGAACUACGCUUUCCCCGGGCACUGAUUCUCACACGCCCAACGUAGGUGGUCUUGGAGGCCUGUGCAUUGGUGUGGGUGGUGCCGAUGCUGUUGAUGUUAUGGCCGACAUUUCCUGGGAGCUGAAGUGCCCUAAGAUUCGGAGGAAGAAGAAGAGGAGGAAGAGAUAACAAGAGGAACAGAAGAAGGAGAAGAAGAAGUAAUCUCUCUCUCUCUCUCUCUCUCUCUCUCUCUCUCUCUCUCUCUCUCUCUCUCUCUCUCUCUCUCUCUCUCUCUCUCUCUCUCUCUCUCUCUCUCUCUCUCUCUCUCUCUCUCUCUCUCUCUCACACACACACACACACACACACACAGUAAAACACACAAUUUCUUCAUAAUUUCAAAAACUUUAUUAAUAUAUAUUUUGACAACGUUCAAUCAGGCUCCACAGACUGGCUCCUCCCCGAACCCUUCUGUGGGGGCAUAAUUUGAGCCCCAUAGAAGGCCGGGGGAAGAUCUCGCCUAUGGAACCUUAUACACAGACAUACAUAUAUACACACAGAGAGUACCUCCUCUCUCUCUUUCCUCCUCCUCCUCCUCUUGAUGUGGCAGUGUCAGGAGAAGAGAUCACCUGGGAGACUGAACAAGUCCUGGAGAUGUUCAAGAAGGAGAGAGGGAGAGAGAGAAACAAGGGAGGAAACGGAGGAAAACUGGAGGGAAGCGGAGAGAAAAAUCUGAUGUCCGAUAUUUUUACCUCCAUACAUAAACCCAUUUUUGGAGAGACGGAGGCAACGGAGAGAAAAAAUGGAGAGAUGGAGAGAAAGAGAAUAUACCUACCUCUGUGUGGAGGGAAUGAGGGAGAGAAAGAGAGAGAGACAAGGGAGGAAACGGAGAAAAAACCAUGCGACAUGGCUUCCCCUACCAGCCCACCGCCAUUGCUUUCGACCCCAUACAGAGGAUCCUGGCCGUCGGUACCAACAUCGGUCGGCCCGGGGUGGACGUCCAUGUGAAGCACGAGGGCGACCCGGCGGUGGUGUGCCUGGCCUUCCUGAUCAACGAGGGCGGCCUGGUCAGCGCCACAGGGGAUGAUUCUUUGCACCUGUGGAAUAUACAGCAGAAGACACCGCAGAUUGUACACUCACUCAAGUUCCAGAGGGAGAGGAUCACCACGCUCCACCUGCCCUUCCAAAGUCGCUGGCUGUACCUUGGGACGGAGCGCGGCAACAUCCACAUUGUCAACAUUGAGAGCUUCACCCUCAGCGGCUACACCAUCAACUGGAACAAGGCUAUUGAGCUGUCUCGCAAGACCCAUCCUGGUGCUGUGGUCCAUCUAAGUGACUGCCCUGUGGAACCUGGGAAGCUCCUGAUUGGCUACGAGAGCGGUCAGCUUGUCUUGUGGGACUUCAAAGGGCGCACCGCUGAGGUUCGCUACCAUUCUGCCGAACCACUGAGGUCAGUGUCUUGGCACCACGAGGGGAAGCAGUUCAUGUGCUGCCACACGGAUGGUUCCCUCACCACCUGGACACUGAAGCAGAAUUCCAAUAGGCCUACAUCACAUGUCUUCCCUCAUGGUGAUUCUGGUUAUCCUCUGGAGCCCUUCCUAAUGACACCAGUGAGCCAGCCAACAACUGAUGCUCACCGCGCCUGUAACCGCAGCCACUCCAGGACACGUGUUGUGCUGGAACAGACUUUUGGGGAUAGUGUUUGGAGCCAAAAUUGUCAGAUGCCCUCCCUGCCAACAGCCAGUCAGCAGUGUCUUAAUACACUGAGGCUGCAGCCACCUUGUCCAUAGCACCACUCAGCCUCCUGACUUCAAGAAGGAUGUCUUCUUGAAUUCCACCAUUUUUGGCCCAACUGGUGGAUCAACCCUCUUGUGUCUGCUGGUGGAGGCGUGAGGUGCCGCUCCUACAUCAGGGGGAGAUUGAGUUUCUGGGGCACGGUGGACAGGGCCAAUGCAGGGGCCAGCUGACACAGAAGGUGUUGGACGAGGAUCUGAUUCUAAACCAGAUCCCACACCCGCUACAACUGCAGGGUCCAGCACCUGCGCCACGGUCUCCCCAGCAUCGGUGAGGGUGUGUGUUUGGACAGAGCCGCCACCUGUACAAUUU